GAACGGUGUGUGUGUUGUUCAUGUUGCCUCAUUUCCUGAGUCUGCCCAAAGACAGGGAGAUACGGGGACACAGAGCCAGUGAGAGAGCGCCCUAGGGAAAGAGAGGGAGAGAGACAGACACAGAGGGGGAGGCUGGUUCCUGAUACCAAGACAAGGAAAAGCAAGGGAGGGACAGAGAGAGAGAAAAGGCUGGCGGAGACCGGGAGAGAGGGGGAGAAAACAGGGGAAUAACAUUUAGAGACACCAAAGGCGUAGGGGAGGAAAGAAUAGAAUACUGUGUUCUUCUGAACACCCCCCUUUCGUUCUCUCUUUCGCGCAGUCACACCAGAUUGGACUCCAAAGAAUCUACACCGCGUCUACCCCAGACCCCAUGGGUUAACAGACCGUAUCCAGGAGAGGCUAACAGGUCAGCUAACCCAAUGAACAGCAACAGGAAGGAGGACAUGGAGAUCUCGUCCCACUACCGGCAGCUCCUGCGGGAGCUCAGCGAGCAGCGGCAGCAUGGCAUCCUGUGUGACGCCUGUGUCAUCGUGGAGGGGAAGAUCUUCAAGGCCCACAAGAACGUCCUCCUGGGCUCCUCGCGUUACUUCAAGACCCUCUACUGCCAGGUGAAGAAAGGGGCGGAGCCACAUCACCAGACGACUGUCACUCACCUGGACAUCGUCACGGCGACGGGCUUCAAGGCCAUCCUGGACUUCAUGUACUCGGCCCACCUGGCGCUGACCAGUAAAAACGUCAUUGAGGUGAUGUCAGCUGCCAGCUACCUGCAGAUGACCGACAUCGUCCAGGCCUGUCACGGCUUCAUCAGGGCCGCGCUGGACAUCAGUCUCCGCUCUGAACUGGCCGACGUCGAGAUGGGGGCUGUCGCUGGCGCUGGGGGAGGUGGAGCAGGGGUGGCGUCAGAAGCCUUGGUGUCUAUCAUAUCAGGACGAAGCUCCUCGCCCUGGCUGGGGAGGCGUACCAGCCCGGCCAACUCCUCUGGGGACUCUGCCAUUGCCAGCUGCCAUGAGGGUAGUGGCAGUACCUACGGGAAAGAGGACCAGGAACCACCCAAGAGCCACGAGAGCCAAGAGGACGGUGGUCACGACUCCCAGCCCGCCUGGCCACACAGCUACCGCCCCAUCACUGUCAAAGAGGAACAAGUCUCACCCUCCUCCGUUUCUCACCCCCGGGAUGGGCCCAAUGUGGGCGCAGGGACACAGGGGGAUCAGGGGGGAGGAGGAGAAGGGCCGUGGCAGCCCUCUGGGUCUGGGCGGAGGAAGAACCGGAAGAACAAGGACACGGUCAGACACAUUACCCAGCAGGCCGAGGGGGACAGAGACAGCAGGCCGGGGUCGCCGCUGCCCUCCAUGAUGGGCGUGACGGGGUGGAGCUACAAUGGAAAAGACAUCCCAGGUGCAGAUGUGACGGAGCCCAACAGCUCAGACAGUCGCGGAGAACGUCUCGACUUUUUCCUCAAACAGGAAGAGUCUCUGGCAGCGAGCGAGGCCAACUUCCUGGGUGCCAGCGGUGAAUCAGAUGAGGCCGGAGGUGGGACCGGGGGCAGGACUACCCCAUUGGUAGCCAAUCUGAGGGCAGCGUUGAUGAGCAAAAACAGCCUGCUGUCGCUACGGGCUGAGAUGCUGGGAGACGAUAACCCUCUCUUGUUUGAAUACCUGCCCAAAGGAGGGCACUCCCUCUCACUGAAUGACUUCACAGUGAUCCGUAAGAAGUUUAAGUGUCCCUACUGUAGUUUCUCUGCCAUGCACCAGUGCAUCCUAAAGAGGCACAUGCGCUCCCACACGGGUGAGAGGCCCUACCCCUGUGAGAUCUGUGGCAAGAAGUUCACCAGGAGGGAGCACAUGAAGAGACACACACUGGUCCACAGUAAGGACAAGAAGUAUGUGUGUAAGGUCUGCAGCCGGGUCUUCAUGUCGGCAGCCAGUGUCGGAAUCAAACACGGCUCCCGUCGCCAUGGCGUCUGCGCUGACUGUUCCGGGCGGGGCAUGGCCGCGUUAUUGGACCACAACGGGGAAGUGGGCGGAGACCUCUCCCCAGAGGACGAGCUGUAUCCCGGCGACCACCAUUUCCCUGAUGACCAGACAGAGUGCGACGGUGACGGAGAGGAAGAGAUGAUGACGGAAGGGGAUGGAGAGAUAAUAGGAGAGGUGGAUGACAAGGGAAGGAAGUGGAAGGAUGACUCAGGGAUGAUGACGGCGGGAGACGGGGCGAUGGACAAUGACAAGGAGGAGAGCAAUGACUCUGAGCCAGAGCGGGUGCAGCACAACGGGAGCGAGAAGGAUUUCGGCUGGAUCUCUUAGGAUCCCAUGGGAUCCUUUAGGAUCUAUUGUGGAUCUGUUGGAAUGUCUCAGGCAGAGACAGCUCUCUUUACCCAUGUUCAUGGGCAGGCCUUCCUCUGAGUGGGGUAUGCGGGCGAUACAUGACAAUGAUCUAUAUUGACAGGGGCCACACACACAAGCUGAGCCCUGUGCUGAUUGUUUUCCACGGAGAGCAGUUGAGAGAAGAGAGUCUCUUUCCUCUCCCCACCUUUCCUCUUUAGUUUAGUUGGUUUUUCUUGUUUCUGAUGAGGACCAGACCAGAGUCUGUCCAUUGGUUUAGUUGUCCACCUAUGUCACACUGGGGCCAAUGAGGACUUAUUAAACGGUCUUGGGUGAUGCUGGACUGUGGUCAUUUGUGUUCACAGUCGCCAUUGACAUGACGGAUUGUUAACAGUUUGUAAAAAUGCUAAGGUGGUGUCUUGUUGCCAUGCAGACUGUCUAUACAUUUUUGGGACAAUCUUUUAUCUAUUGCAAAGAUGCACGCGUCGGUCAUCGGUCGGCUCAUUGUCUCCUGCAGAGUGAAACUGCCACAGACUUGCACUUUAACGUCGACAAGAAUCCUGUCAAUGCCCACAACCUGUGGUUUACAUUUUCAAUCUGAUUUUUAACUACACAACUUGGUGACCGCACCUACCUUUAAGGAUAUAUUGUAUGUCCUCAUGACUGUUAUAUAUCUAUAUAUAUAUAUAUAUAUAUAUAUAUAUAGAUAGAUAUUAGUAUGCUUGUGCUGUAGUUUGCUGAUUAUAAAGCCUAUGCCUUUCAAUGGGUUCUUUCUCCUCCACUUAAGUUACCAUGCAUUUCUGUUGAGCUGUGGUGAGAAUUAUGAAAGGUUGAGCAAAUGUACAUACAAACAAGCCACAGGGAUUCUAGUAGACUGAGCAAGAGGGAGCGUUGAGGAUAGGGAGAGAAAGGGAGUGUUAGAGACGGGAGGAGAGAGGGAACACUAUGCAGGAACAUAACCCAUCACUCCAGAUGUAAUUGCUCUCUACUUUCAGAGAGGAUAUCAACGUUUUUUGGUCGCAUACACAGUUUAAUAGAUGUUAUAUAGCGGUGCAGCGAAAUGCUUAUGUUACUAACAAUGCAGUAUCCAGAUCUCUACUUCAGACAUUUACUCCCAGAAUGAGAGAGUUUGUCUUGUCUGAGGAAAGGUGAAGAAAUGCUUAUGUUACUAACAAUGAUCUCUACUUCAGACAUUUACUCCCAGAAUGAGAGAGGUUGUCUUGUCUGAGGAAAGGUGAAGAAAUGCUUAUUUGUGUACCAUUUCCCUAUACGACAAGUGGGCCGAUAGAGGGGUGAGAGAGACGGACUACAUACACAAUGAUGACGGGUCAAAUCUCAUGCCAAAACAAUCACACUAUAAAACUAUUGUACAUGUCGCUACAAGGCUUACAUUGAGUCUCUCCUCCUGACCCAUUCUGUCCUUCCAUCUCAUGUUGUAUCUCUUUACUCUUUAAAACCUCUGUUUAGUGAUCAUUUGUAUAUUUCACCAUCAAUACAGAAUAUGCGCACUUUUACAUCUUAGUGGACCUUAAAUGAUGGCUCAUCUUUCUUUUUGGUGAGGACAUGUAUUUGAGUUUGUAUUUGUAAAGAGAAGGUCAGGCUUCUGCUUGAGUCCAUCCAGGGAGUGGCCUGUUCUGUUGUGUGAUUUUAUGACGCUUUCUUUUGUUUGAAAAGGUCAUUUAUGAAAAUCCAUGUUUUUGUAGUGAAAUGAUUAUACUAUAAAGACAUUCCCUCCACUCUGUCUAAUGCCUUCUGUGGGCACAGUGUGUGGAUGCCUUCGUGUGUGAGAUGUGUACUGAUUUUCUUCUGAUGAUUUCCUGUAAUUUGACCAUUUUGAGUCUUAUGAUGAUCAGAAGUAAGACUAUUGUUGUUAUGAUUACAUUAUUAACAUUAUGAUUAUUAAGUGCUGGAUGCGUUUUAUUUUUGAUGUUUAAUAUCUUGUAUAAGGAAAUCUUUUACAUUUGGCCUUGUUGUGGACAGCGAGCCAUGUGGCUUUUCUGAUGAGUUAUAUCAGCCAGUUCUCUGCUUUUCUGAUGAGUUAUAUCAGCCAGUUCUCUGCUUUUCUGAUGAGUUAUAUCAGCCAGUUCUCUGCUUUUCUGAUGAGUUAUAUCAGCCAGUUCUCUGCUUUUCUGAUUAGUUAUAUCAGCCAGUUCUCUGCUUUUCUGAUUAGUUAUAUCAGCCAGUUCUCUGCUUUUCUGAUUAGUUAUAUCAGCCAGUUCUCUGCUUUUCUGAUUAGUUAUAUCAGCCAGUUCUCUGCUUUUCUGAUUAGUUAUAUCAGCCAGUUCUCUGCUUUUCUGAUUAGUUAUAUCAGCCAGUUCUCUGCUUUUCUGAUUAGUUAUAUCAGCCAGUUCUCUGCUUUUCUGAUUAGUUAUAUCAGCCAGUUCUCUGCUUUUCUGAUUAGUUAUAUCAGCCAGUUCUCUGCUUUUCUGAUUAGUUAUAUCAGCCAGUUCUCUGCUUUUCUGAUUAGUUAUAUCAGCCAGUUCUCUGCUUUUCUGAUUAGUUAUAUCAGCCAGUUCUCUGCUUUUCUGAUUAGUUAUAUCAGCCAGUUCUCUGCUUUUCUGAUUAGUUAUAUCAGCCAGUUCUCUGCUUUUCUGAUUAGUUAUAUCGUGACAGUUCUAUGGUUUUCUGAUGUAUUUGGUUUGUACAGAGAAAGACAAAUUAGACGAAGUUAUUCUAAGUUAGCUAUGGAUCAGAACUUACUGUGUGUACAGUAUGGCACAUGCGUCUAUAUUACUGACAUACACUAAUUCAUUAACAUUAUACCAAAAACAAUCUAAGACAUUGUAUCAAGUGCUUUUGUUUCAACCGUGCUUGUGCAGGUGCAAAUAUUUUCAGUUCAUUGUGGUCUAAUAAUUUUGUUUGGAUGUAGUUAUUUAGUUUAUUUUUCAGCUUGUAUACAUAUGGUAUACUUGUAUAUGAAGAGCGUUGUGACCUGCUAGUCUAGACCUGCUGGAGAUCGCAUCUCUAACCCCUCUGUUCUUUACUGGUCUUGUUGCCCUGGUUUCCAAAGGUGUGUUCUACUGUAUAUCCUGGGGCGGCAGGGUAGCCUAGUGGUUAGAGCGUUGGACUAGUAACCGGAAGGUUGCAAGUUCAAACCCCCGAGCUGACAAGGUACAAAUCUGUCAUUCUGCCCCUGAACAGGCAGUUAACCCACUGUUCCUAGGCCGUCAUUGAAAAUAAGAGUUUGUUCUUAACUGACUUGGCUAGUUAAAGAAAGAUAAAAAAAUAAGGCCGAUCCCAAGUCUAACACCUGGCCCCAACCCCUAUAUACUUUUUGUAGGUCUGAAAUGAUCGGACUGGUGUAAAUAUUAUAUAUUUCAACUUGGCCUAUCAAAGGGCAAGGUCCUUCCAGACCUACAAGACAUGUUUUGGAGUGCCUGGAUGCUACAAGGUACAGGAACAGAGUGAGCCACAAUGUUGGCUCUGGGAAUUGGAGUUGGUUUGCCGGAGGUGGUUGCAAACAUACAAUCUACCACACUUCAAUUUUCCCAUCUGUCCCAAUGCUAAACACCGUAUCCAACGAACACCCCUCUGCUGUCUGUUUGAUUUCACUGGUUGGAAAUGCCUUCUCCAUGUGUGAUGACGAGCUUUAAUCAAGUUGCAUUAUAUUAAUUUGACCCAUCCAUCAGCAAUCUCUAAUCUGUUGAAGUUUUCAGAAAGGAAACAAAUGACGUUGGGUGGAUAUGUUGAAUGUUAAAUGAAUAUAAUGGGAUUGUCCAGAAGUGUAUUUGGAAGUAGUGCAGUAUCAGUGAUAUUUCUCUGUCAUCCACCCAGUGCUUUUCCAGUCCAGACUCCUGUGAACACAGGUAUUUUGAUCUACUUUAGUUCUCUUCUCAUCAUCACCUGCCUGUGUCUUCUUCUUCCUUGUCUUGGGUUGUAAUUCAGGAAAUAUUUGCCAUCCAAUCCCCUCAACAAUGUGCCUCGAUCUGUUUUACCGGCGUGUGCGUGGGUGUGCCUGCAUGGGUGUGUGUGUGGGUGUGCCUUCAUGGGUGUGUGUGUGGGUGUGCCUGCAUGGGUGUGUGUGUGGGUGUGCCUUCAUGGGUGUGUGUGUGGGUGUGCCUGCAUGGGUGUGUGUGUGGGUGUGCCUGCAUGGGUGUGUGUGUGUGUUUCAAGAGAAACGGAAAUCAUAUAUUUUAUCUCAAUCACAGGUGCAAAUUUGAGACAAAAACAAAAUGCAGCUAUGUGUUUCUGUUUCUGAGUUAAUCCUUUUGUGGUUUUAUGGUCUAAACUGCACGUCUCUGUUCAUUUGUCAUACCAAAGUCUCUAACAUCCGCACACAGCUGGCUCAUUUCACACCAGGAACAACUGGAGCUGUCAGAAGAUGAAUAUGGCGAUUCCUUUCUUAGAUGUGUACAAAACUCAAAUCCUGAUUUAGCCUGUAUAGCUUGAUUCAUAUGUGCAAAUCACAAAGCCAUAGACAUGGUGAUAUGAAGAGUAUACUAUAUUUCAAAAUUCUUACUUUUUAUUUUCGACUCUGUUCUUUACUAAGAGUGAUGUGUUCAUAUAUAUAUAAAUUGAUAUUACUAUUAUAUAUUAUUUAUUUUCUCUCAUGUUUCGCAAGGUGUCUUUCAUUUGUAAAGUGAGAUGCUUGAAACUUUACGGUUCUGUUUGGGAAUUUUGUUCAAUAUGAUACUGACUUUAUAUUGAUUAUAUCAUAAACCUGUGUUUGUAACGAAGAUGUGUUGAAUAAUCAAAACCUUGUUCUGUUUGGGAGGAUUAAAGUGGGAACAUUUUCUGUAUAGUGAUGAUCCCUUGAUUGUUUUUAUAGCCAAACAUGAACUUCCCUACCGUCCUGUUGUGAGGGCUAGCCUAAAGGGCUAACCCAGGCCUCGUUCUAACUUAAUGUUUAGUGGAAAUUAGCUUGACUAUUAUUUGCAAAACAAAUCAGUCUCAAUAAAUUUGGAAAUUGCUGCUGAAAAUAA